CCCAACAGUAUCCAACAGUCACGAGAGUCCCUGAGCACCACCGCAGGGGACCAGCAUCCAACAGCAUCAUGAUAUGGAGCGGCAAAGCUCCGAAUGGCUUUAUCGCCGGAGGCGUCCCAGUGCCCGGUUCACGGCCCAUCGGAGGCCACCGAGCCGCCAUGACAGUUCACCCUGACGAGGGAGAGCCAUCGAGCAGCGGUAAGGCGGACAUAGAACAGCCGUCGGCGUGGGCGUCACAUGCACUGUGGGUUCUUUGCGUGCAUGCACCAUUGCAGGGAGUACGGGAGAGGGCAGCGGGGUAGCAUCGGACCAGAUGGACGUGCCAGAAGACCACUGUGAGGCCAAUGGUAACACUGACUACUGAUUGCCAAUCAUAUACAUGGCAAUCCAUCUGUGCCUCCCCCGACUGCAUUCAUUUCGUGACUGUUCUGCACUGCAGUGUGCAUAUCUGCGGGAGUGAAGGACAAGAUGGUGACGAGACCGAAAAGAAAAACGGGCAAAGGUGACGAAUAAGGGCCCACACAGGACAGAGACGCCAUGUGCUCACGUCUUAAUUGCCUUGACUGUUCUGCUGUGUUCAGAUAUGCCUAGUGGUGUCGUUGUCGACGUGUCGCACGAGCGCCGUGGCAAGCGGAAGCGCACGCCCAAGCAACUCCCCGACGAUGGUAGGCAGACACACAAUACACACACAACGCGGGAGCACAUGCAAUGCCAUCCACCGGCCUGAUUGAUGUGCUUUCUUCACUGUGUCACUUUAAUUGAUGCAGAGGAGGAUCCCACCAAGAUCCGCCUACCCGGCUGCGGCGUGUCGGUGCGUGCCUCCCGCCCCCGCCGCACAGACAAGAGCAAGAAGGCCACGACAGCGCCAAAUGUGCAGAAGGAGGCGCCGCACAUGGUCGAGUCAUCGCAGCCGCUCCUCCCCUCUCCCACCGCGCCCACCCCAGACCAUCCCCCGCCCCCCACUGACCAGGCCGGCAUCGAGAUUCUGCUCAAGAUGACCAAGGAGGAAGCCGACCGUCUGGCUAUGCCCCCACCGCCGCUGCCCGAAGGCUUCGUCAUCAACAAGGCGGCGGCUUCCAAGAAGGCGGCCAGCAAGCCGAAAGCCAAGCCCAAGCCAAAGGCCAAGGGCAAGAGGGCCAAGGUGACGAAGGCGGAGAGGGAGGCGGCGGCCAAGGAGAAGGAAGAGGCCAAUAUGCAGCAGUGGAACUAUGACCGGUUCAUGCGCGAGCACGGGUGGAUGCGGCAGAUCAACCCCUUCUACCUGCCGGGCCAAGGGUCCCCCUGGCUGAGGGAGAGGGGGGAGAAUGGCAACGAGAGCAGCUCAGAGUCCGACGAUGAGAACGAAGACUGGGGUAGGCGGACGAGGAGGGACGCCAGCCGGCCUGUUCCUGAUGGGUAUACCUGUGUGUCUCCCUCUGUCUCUCUCUGUGUCUUUCUGUGCGUGUCAGAGCGCUGGGCGGCGACGGACGCUUUCAAGGCUGAGCCGCCGAAACGUGGAGGGGAGCUCCUCCUAUACGGGCUCGACGUCGCCAUGGCCACGCAGGGCCACAAGGACGGCACGCCUGAUAGGAUCGAGGAGGAAGGCCAGGCGGAGGAAGAGGAGAGGCCCUCCAAGAUGGCCCGCGUCAUGGAGACGGACCUGUCAAGGCUGGGUGAGGGCGAGGGAGACGCGACGAUGGCCGACACCCUUUUGUGGAUGGAGAGGAUGGAGGAGUGGUGGGCUGGCAUGUCAAUGCCGUCGCCGACGUGGCCGCCGAUACAAUGCGAGAUGAUGGCAGAUGGGCUGCUGCAGGACAGCGACCUGUUUGCCUUUGAGUGACAAGACACAGACCGAUAGCCGAGCCCUGAGCGGCGCUAAGUGCCGAAUCCAGGGGCUCAGAGCAGUAGAUAGAUGGCAGUGGAGACGGGGACAGACUGACGGACGGAUGGAUGGAUGGAGACCUGUCAUGGUGCGUGUGUGCAUGUGGCUGGCUGCUGCCGGAGGGUGACACUGUCUCUGCUCGAUCGAUG